GCCCAAAACUCCAUUACGAAGGAAACCAUCCAUAAGAAACGCUGAGCGGCUGGGCUGCUGGAUUGCGCAGCACCAGUCAGCUGGAUCUCGGCCUAAGCUAUACCGCCACACCUUAAUUAAUUCAUGCAGCUGAGCAUGGCUGGAGGGAAUGGGAAGCUGAUCGGAAAUUGCUCCAAACAAGCGAUGGAUCUCCAGACAACCGUCCACGAGAGCAUUAGACGGCAGCUAUGGGAGGUUAAUGCCCUGCUAGUGGUUCAACCUGUCCUGGCUGUAGUACUUGUUGGGAUAGGCGCCUAUGGUCAGCGGUACCGCCACCACCCCUUCACUCGCUUUGUCUUCCUUGGAGCCAACACACUUUUCUUGCCCAUCAUCUCCUAUCUCACCUCCACCAUCAGCCUCCACCCUAAUUACAUCAGGUUUUCCUCACUGUAUGAAGAUUAUGGUGAGGAUUAUGGUGAUUAUGGUGAGCUGGCGAUCGUUGCACAAUGCAAUGCACUUAGCCACGUGGUAUUCUUCGUAAUUCUGGCAUCCCUUGUGCUGGUAGUCAUGAUCAAUACAAGCACAAUAGUCUCUGUUGAUGACAGAGAAGGCCAAUCCAAAGGUCCCCCGCCCGAGCUGCUUAUACAGGGGAUUUGGACUUUUUACCUUGCUGCCGGUGGUCUCCUUAAGCUCUAUGCCGCAGAGGGCUUCAUUAUAGGACUCAUCUUCAUCUUCAUCACACCUUAUGCUCUGCUAUGCUCCAAAAUAGGGCUCAAAUUUUAUGCAUUCGAAAUGGCACGGCGGUCGUCCUUCACACUCGGACGCAAUCCAGGACUUGUUUUUGUUUACAUGCAGAAGUUACAAGCACAAGAAGCAGCACAUCAGCAUGUUGAUGAACCGCUGGUAGGUGAUGGUGCACAUGCUCCCCCACUCUUGGUUAUGAGAGAAUCGGAGGAACAAGUGGAGAAGCAUCCUCAUGGGUAUACAUUCAAGGAUGACUCUGAAACAAUGCUGAACAAACAUGUUGGAUUGGUGACUAUUGAUAGAGUUUGGCAGUUAGAUAGCAUGCUUCUAAUUGCAACGCCACAGUUAAAAGAUAUAUGCUUGUCCUUUGCUUUGUUCAAGUUGUUGCGAUGUCGGUUUGCACGGUAUAAGAUCACUAAUGGUGGCUCUACUGGGACUCGCAACUUUUUCCGGAGCUUGUUGCACAAGGUUGGAGAAGAUGAAAGGGUAUUUGUGGUGAUUGAGGAAGAGUUAUCAUUUCUUCAUGAUUAUUAUUACUCGUCUCUCCCAAUCUCCUAUUCAAAUUGUUGCCUGCCCAUCUUGGAUAUCAUUUUAUCACUUUUCACAGUAGUUUAUUGUAUCUUGUUUACUUUGCUAGUCAUAGCAAACAUAGUACGGAAGAUCUUAGAGCAUGGGAGGGGCCAACAACUUCAGUGUAAAUUAUGGUGUAUUCAAGGGAACUUAGCAAGCUACAUGUCGCACAUCAAUAUGGGAGAGUGGUCCUUCGAUCUGUUGCCAAUAUUUUUGGUUCUGAUGUUAGCGGUGACAGCUGAGGUUAGAAGCUUGGUUUCCUAUAUUUGCUCCAACUGGACAAAAGUUACCCUUAUUUGCUGCUACAUCAACCGCAACUCUUCACCACAUUCACUAUGCAUGCGAAAAUUGGUUAGUAGUUUGUUACGCUGCAGAUGCAAGCUGAUGAAACACUGGGAUGAAAAAAUGAGCCAGUGCUCAGUGUUGGUACCUCAGCCAAAAACAACCCCAAUAGUUCUUGUAUACCGUCUCCUCCGUGUCCCAGAUCAGAGGAGGAAAAUGGAGGUGCCAGCGGCCGUGAAGGUUAGCAUCCUGAAUGCAGUAAGAAAUCUGAUCAAUGGACACCGUUUGAGCAAUGGUGCAGAAUCUCUACGACAAAGCCAAGUUGGUGGACAAAGCUUUAUUGGGGCUUGCAAUGGCAAAGGUACAUCGGAUAUCAUACUCACAUGGCAUAUCGCCACAUGCAUCCUUGAAGUGAAACACCCAUACCGAGCUGAUCAUCAAGAACAGGGUUCUCCACCAAAUCCCAGCUCUACAGAUUAUAAGAUUGUUGCCAGUCACUUGUCAAAGUACUGUGCAUACCUAGUGAGUUGGUGCCCUGAGCUACUUCCGGAUAAGACAAUGCAUGGAGCAAGAGCUUGUACAAGGCUGUCAAGAAGGACGCAGAGCAUGCCCUCGCCGGUCACGCAGUAGCAAGGUCAUCGGAGCCAGAAGAUGAGUAUCAAAAGCUGGUCCACUUGCUGAGUGAGAACUCGAAGCAUGAGGUGCUCAAGAAUGGUGUGGAGCUGGCAAAGCAGCUGGUGGAGAAAAUCAAUGGUGAGGAGAUGGCGUGGAAGCUGCUGGCUGACUUCUGGUCAGAGAUGAUCCUGUUCGUCGCGCCAUCAGACAACCUCAAGGGUCACUCGGAGGCCAUUGCCAGGGGUGGCGAGCUGAUAACGCUGCUCUGGGCGUUGCUCUUCCACGCCGGGAUCGUCAGCAGGCCAGGUGAAGAAGAUGGCGAUGCAGCAACUUCUUCUGGUGCUGUUUAAUGGAUUUGUCUUUUCUUCAUGCAUGUGUGCUUGAUUAGUCCGUAUGGUCGUUGGUCUUAUUCUG